AUGGCGCCAAUGUCAGAGGAAGACCUCGAAUGGUUCAAAUCGACCUUCCGACCGAUCCCCCGUCCGCAACUUCCCGACGAUGCGAUUGAAUAUUCGUUAUACUUGAUUUCAUCAAACCCCACCCCCGCGUCGGCAGAUGCGGUUGCUCUCGCACGCGCGCGACUUCAAGAGGUUCAGAAAACUGCUUCGGAGUUGGUGAAGGAUCUUUUGAAACACUAUAUUUGGCAGCGCGAAGCUUUCGGGCUUCAAAUUACGAAGGAAGAUGGCAAGACAUUUCUCCAGGGGCGAACGAGCUUUGGCGACUCCAUCGAAGACGAAUGGGUCAUUGUUUAUCUGUUACGAGAGUUGACCAAGAAAUAUAAAGACUUGUGGGUUCGGGUUUUUGACAGUGAUGGCGAGUUUCUACUUAUCGAAGCUGCCGCGAAGCUACCGCCUUGGCUGGAGCCACAGGUAGCAGACAAUAGGGUCUGGGUGAAUGACGGUCGCUUGAUUAUCAUCAAACCGAAACGGGAUAGUGAACGAGUGACGGAGAAGAUUUCGCUUGACGAAGCAAUGAAAAUUAUCGUCCAGGAACCCGGCCGGAUAAUGCAUUCCUCGAUCAUUGAAGAGGAUGCUUUCUACCGUUUACGAAAAUAUCCAAAACAGAUCAACGAAAACCUACAUCGCGCACAAGUGACGAUUCCGCGGAAAGUCGCGUAUCUUCUUCACCAAAAGCCGGCCUACAUCUCCCCAGUAGUCGAAGCAUUUUAUAUUCGUGACCCGAUUGCCCUACGAUCGUUGAAAGCCAAAAGGGCGGGAAAUCUACUAUUUCCCCCUAGUGAUCUUGUUACUGUCAGUGUUCAGUUUACGAGAGUGGGAUAUGCUCAACUCAAGAGCCAGGACUUCCCUGCCCCUGCGGAAUGGACGAAGAAACUUCCUACAAAGACGGAAAGUGACGCGUAUACCAAAGCCGAAGCUGGAAUGAAGGUGUCAUGUGGGUUUGAAAUGCUUCUAAGCGAUCCACAGAAUCAAGAUAAGCCGUCAGUGCGAGAGAUAAAGCUCUUGCUUGAAGAUAUCGAUAGUGGAGAUGAAACCCUUCCUACGGAUGAGGAGAUCAAAAAAGAAUGGAACCACCAGCAGGACGACGAGAAAUGGAUGGAUAUUAGUUAUGAAGAUCUUGACAGCGAGUUGAAGGGAAAAGCUACAGGUGAAGGCUCGAAACCGGGGGCUUUUGGCGAUCAGAGUGCCCAAGAAAACCUUCAAAGGAUUGUUGCACGAUUUGAAGAAUUUCUUAAUGAUGAAUCUGCCGACUUCGAAGGGGUAGACCUCUAUGGUUCGGACACAGAUGACGACGACGAAGAUGAUGAAUUAAGUAGUGAUGGUGAGGGUGAGGACCAAGACUUGUCUUUUGAUGAGGAAGAGUUUUCGAAAAUGAUGAAAGAAAUGAUGGGGAUGCCUUCCGGUUUUGGAUCCAAGGCCCAGCCCAACAAGGCCCAGUCCAAAUCAGCGGGGCCUAGCGGAAAGAUCGAAGAGAUCUCCUCGGACGAUGAAGGCAAGGAAAUCGAGGAACUAUCUCGACAAAUGGAGGCGGAGCUUAGGCCAACUGGAAUUUUGGAUCUUAACGGUCAAAGAAGAGGGGAAGGUUCGAAAUCUGUGAAAGGCAAAGGAAAGCAACCGCAAAGCGAGGAAGCCGAAUUCGACGAUGAGGACCCUAUCAACGUGAAUCUUGCCAAAAACCUUCUUGAGAGCUUACAAAGCCAGGGUGGUAUGCCUGGCCCCGCCGGUAAUAUUCUUGGUAUGAUGGGUAUGAAAAUGCCCCGGGAUGAUCGAAAAUGA